UGUAAUUUAGACCAAUAAGCACCACUGAAUCACAGUGUCAUCUUUAUGGCGCACUUAUGCUACCCGUUUAGUUAAGAAUGCUUUUAUUAUGAUUUCAUAAUGUAAAUAGUUGAAGAAUAAGUAUCGCGGAUGUUUUAAGUCAAUCAUUAGUACCCAAGCCAGCUAGCUGUCUCUCUCUAAAGCGCAGCCUUUGUUACUCAGUUGUAAAUCGAAACAAUGACUUCAGCCUCUACCAAGGUUGGUGAGAUCUUUUCUGCAGCUGGAGCUGCAUUCACAAAACUGGGAGAGCUGACCAUGCAGCUGCAUCCAGUGGCAGACAUUAGUCCAGCAGGGGCACAAAUAAAAACAACAGUCAAGAGGAAGAUUUAUGAAGAUGGUGGAGCGCCUUUAUCCACUGAUUCACCAAAGAAGAGUACCAAAAAGGUGGCGGUUUCUAUGGCUCCCCCAGCCCCACCUAAAGUCAUCGCUGUGCCAACCUCUCAGGUUGUGGUGACUGCGGGUUUACAGCGGCCAACCACUGGUCCAUCUAGCAUUAAGUCAUCAAAGACGGCAGAUGUCACUCUCAGUGCACUGAAUGACUCUGAUGCCAACAGCGAUCUGGUAGAUAUCGAGGGCUUGGGUGAUAGUUCCACAUCUAAAAAGCUCAAUUUUGAUCAAGCAGAUAGUCUAAAUCUCGACUGCAGUCUCAUCAUGAAUUCCAGUGACUUGCCAUUGUUAUCCCGUUGAAAUCGUCUGCAACAUACAAUCAGGAAAAGGAACUAAUCAUGUCACUUCAGUGCGGGGUUCAAGAAACUUGCGUUUUUUAAUCUGGAGACAGUUCUCUUUUUUUCAAGGAAAAGUCUCAUUUCUAAGUUAAUAGUGAAGCUAGGCAUAUUUUACCAAUGAAGGACACAGUUUUAAGAGGCCGGCAAAUUUUGCUUAACACAUUUUUCUGUUCAGGGUCCAAAAUGCAUGAUUUUAAAAUAAGUUACUGUAAAGGCAUUAUUGUGUACUUUUUUUUUCAACCAUCAUCAAUAAAGUAUUAUGACCAUUACUUUGUUUUUGGGGGAAAGUUGUGCAAAAACCUUGAAAUGUGUUGUUGAGUGUCAAUGCUUUGCUUGGUACAUUGUUUAAAAAGGGGGGGAUGGGGGUUGAUUUAUGAUGUUUUUUUUCCUUAGACAUUUUGUAAUAUCUUUGGUCUGUUUACCUCAUAAUAUACUUUUAUUUUAUUUUUUACACAAAACAAAAAAAAUACUACUUUUAGACUGGGGUUUAAGUCAAGAUGAUCUUCAUCCAGGCUCUUCUAGAAACCUCUGUGGCAUCUUCCACUACAUAAAUGCAGCUAAAGCAAGUUGUCUUAUGUUGACUUAAGGUGUUUUGACCUGUUUUAUCGAUCUGAUCUGAAACGGUCUGUUGGCAUAGUCUAAUAACUUUUGCAUAAUUGGGCUGUUAACAAAUUGGUCAUAUAGUCUUAAGCCUACCGAAGUUGUAACAUUAAGAACAACUAAAUCAGCAUUAAAUCACAGAUUUGAUUUCGUGUUUGAAAAGAGUAAAAUACAGUCCAUCUGAUCUCCUCAUAAACAAUCCCACACUUUCUGCCUAUAUCUCUGUUCUUGCUCAUUGGUUAUAAUAACCUCACUAAGUGUGAGAUUUAUAAUCUCAUGAAAUCCACCAGCCAUGGUGUAAAAUCAGAUCUGUAUCCGAAUGACAUUUCUAAAGAUCGCACAGUUUGGCUUUCACCAGUCCAUCACAGACAGACUAAAACCACAAUUACCUGCCUUUUUUUUGUACUGUAAAUAAAAUAAUUUCACUCAAA